ACCCUUGUGUUCAUUGAUUUGGAAACAACAACAAGGUCACUAAACCUUAUUGUCAAAAGGUGUUGUUACUUCUGAUUCAGCCAGUAAAGGAAGUUUCCAUCUGAACAAAAACUUGUCGGUGAUGGACAAAGCAUAAAACCCACUUUGUCCCAAAAGGUUGUUUGCCUUCUUUUUGCAGGUGAUGAGAGAAAGAGAGAGAAGACUGUUGCUCGGGCUCUUUAACUUAAACAUUGGGAUCAGCUUUAGAGGCGGUAUUGUUGUUUCCGCCACCGUCUUCACUUUUCAAAACAGUUGCCCUUACACCGUCUGGCCCGGAACACUCUCCGGCAACAGCAUCACCCUCGGCGACGGUGGUUUUCAACUGGCUCCAGGUGCUUCCGUACAGCUCACGGCUCCUGUGGGAUGGUCAGGCCGGUUCUGGGCUCGUACCGGCUGCAACUUCGACGCCUCCGGCCACGGUACCUGUGUCACCGGAGAUUGCGGCGGCGUUCUUAAAUGUAUCGGCGGCGGAGUUCCUCCGGCGACUUUGGCCGAAUUCACCGUCGGAUCAAACAAUGCCGGCAUGGAUUUUUACGACGUGAGCCUAGUCGACGGUUACAAUGUCAAGAUGGGGAUUAAACCUCAGGGAGGAUUCGGAAACUGCAAGUACGCAGGCUGCGUCUCCGACAUCAACGAGAUUUGCCCUAGCGAGCUUCAGAUCGUGGAUCCGGGUUCUGGAAGCAUCGCGGCGUGUAAGAGCGCCUGCGCGGCGUUUAGUUCGCCGGAAUUUUGCUGUACCGGAGCUCACUCGACGCCGCAAACUUGUUCUCCGACGUAUUACUCGACGAUGUUCAAGAACGCUUGCCCUAGCGCUUACAGUUACGCUUACGACGACGCUUCGAGCACUUUCACUUGUACCGGGUCUAACUACUUGAUCACUUUCUGCCCUAACCAGUCCUAAACCGAAGUUCCGGUUUAAAUUUAGGUCGGGUUUCUCUCUCUGUCUCUCACGUUUCUUUUGCUUGUUAUGUACGGAAAGGGGAAUAAAUAAAGAUGAUUAAGAAGAAAGGUGAUGACUAUAAAUCAUCUCUUCCAUUUUCAAGUAUUUUGUUGUUA